AAGCUGAUGACGUACAUCCGGUUUAGUUGUAUGUCAUAUUGAAUGGAUACUGAAUGUGCUGAAGUUCUGUUAUGUCGUAGUUGGUUGCCAUAGAAACGUGUUCAGCGUGUGUGUUGCUAUGGAGACGGACUCCACGGCGCUCUUGUUUGAUCGCGCCGAGGGAGGAACGCCCCGGUGAUCGGGCAGCAGCAGCAUGAGACGCGCGCUUCCUGCGGCCAGCCGCGUCCUCUCCUGCAGGCUGCGCCGCUUCUCCACAGACAUCGUGACUGAAGAUGUGUCUGCUUCAAACAACCUCACCAAAGAGGCGUCUCUUUACGUGCACUGGCCUUACUGCCUCAGAAGAUGCACCUACUGCAACUUCAACAAGUACGUACCCAAAGACAACAAUGGCCACGUCAUGGCGGAGUGUCUUCAGAGGGAAACAGAGACUUUGCUGCAGCUCAGUCAGGUAUCCUGCAUCACAUCCGUGUUUUUUGGAGGUGGGACUCCGAGUCUGGCUCCCCCCUCAACUAUCAGCAUUAUCCUUGAGACAAUUUCCAAACACGCGAGCCUCCAUGAUCAGGCUGAGGUCACAUUGGAGGUCAACCCCACUCUAGAGGGAAGGUCAAAGUUAGUAGACUUCCACCAUGCUGGAGUGAACCGCUUCUCUAUUGGUGUCCAGUCUUUGCAGGAUGAGGACUUGAAACGUUUAGGAAGAGACCACAGCUCUGCGGAAGCUUUACAAUGCAUCAGAGAGGCGAGGAGACUUUGCCCUGGCCGGGUUUCCGUAGAUGUCAUGUUCGGACGACCCAGUCAGACUUUUGAAUCCUGGGAAGUUGAGUUGUCUGAGCUGCUGCAGGUGUGUGAUGACCACGUCUCUCUGUAUCAGCUGACUCUUGAGCGGGGGACUCAGCUGUUUAAACAGGUCCAGGGGGGAAAUGUAACCAUGCUCGAUGAGGAAGUGGUGUCAGAGAUGUACCAGCAUGCCAGGAAGACUCUGCACCAGCACGGCUUUCAGCAGUACGAGGUGUCUAACUUCGCAAGAAACAAAUCUGGGAGUCUUCACAACUUGAGCUACUGGAAAGGAAGACAGUACAUUGGAGUUGGUCCAGGAGCACAUGGGCGGUUCGUUCCUUUGGGGGAGGGAGGUGUUUCUCGCGAGGCCCGGACACAGACUCUGGAGCCGGACGUGUGGAUCCGUGAAGUCCAGGAGAGAGGACAUGGGACACGGAGGCGGAUACAACUGAGCCACCUCCAACUAUUGGAGGAGGUGUUGGUGAUGGGAAUGAGAAUGACCAAGGGCAUUAAUCACAAGCACUGGGAGCUGUUCAGCCCUGUGUUAGGUCUUAAUGAAAUCUUUGGGGUGUCUGUUGGUGUCAGAGAGCUGCUGCAGAGUGGACAUCUGAUUAUGGAUGACAGGGGUCUGAGAUGUUCCUGGGACGGUUUGGCUGUACUGGACAGCAUACUUCCUGUUUUGCUGGUGGAGUUAGAAAGGCAGAUUUGUUAAAGAGCUGCAGAGAGAUUAAGAAUCCUGUUAGCUGACACGAGACGUUUUUUUCUAGUUGUGUGAACAGUUUGGUACUUUGUAUGUUUGCUUGAUAAAAAUAAAUUACUUGUGUUUGAGUCAUAAGUUUUCCAUUUAAAAUAAAAUUCUCUAUUAAUUGAUCUUCUCAGUCCCUACACCCCCAGCAGGUCCCUGAGGUCCAGUGACCAAAACCUGCUCGUUGUGCAGCACCAGGCUAAAGACCAAAGGUGACAGAUCAUUUGCUGCUGUGGCCCCCAGACUCUGGACCUCUCUCCCCUGAGCCUGAGAUCAGUGGACUCAGUGGUCUCCUUUAAAAAGCAGCUGAAGACUCACCUGUUCAAGCUGGAUUUGGUGUGAUCUUCAUCACCCUCUCCUAAUCCGCCUUUCCCGGGAUCCACUGAUUUCCCUCUUUCUUAUUCAUAUACUCUCUCCCUUUUCUUACACUUUUAAUACAUAUUUUGUUAUUUUAAGCUUGUUUUUAAUAAUUUUUUAAAUAAAAAUUUCUUUUGUUCUUAUGAAGCCCCUUGUGAUUUUUAUCUUAAGAGGUGCUAAAUAAAAGUUGUCUUUCUUUCUGUUUUUAGUGAUUACUUGAUUUCCAGCAGGUUAAUAGAUUUUCUUGGUGGUGCCUGCUCUGAAAGCCUGUAAUUUCCUCAGACCUCACUUCUGUUGGUGUAAAACUAAGCAGUACAUAUCUGUAAUUUAAUUUUCAAGCAUUGUGUAUGAGUUUUGCUGUUAGCAUUUCUGAAAAGACAUGCUUACUGCAAUGUGUUUUAAUAAAUUUGUGGGAAGUUAA